AUGUUUGCUGCAUUUUUCUUUAAAAACAGAACUUAAAAAUCAAAUUUAAAAUUUGUGCUGAUCACAUAAGUGUUAUUGCAUCAUAAAAUAUAAGCAUUUAGUGCACAAAUUUAUGAGUGAAUUUCCAGUUUACAUAGAAACUAAGGUUCUUGUUAGAAUAUAUUUGAAUUCAAAAUAGAUUGUUCUGAAUAUAUUUUUUAAAAACACGUAUUAUAUCUACAGGAAAAGAAGCAUGUUAUUCACUUCAACUAUUUAACAAGCUGCUCACAGUUUAGUGUUGGUUCCUCACCUAGGCGCUGAACAGGCUAUUGAGUUUUCAUUAAUAAUUUAAACUGAAUUUUCAUUAAAAAUUUAAGAACCAUGCGCAGCGAAUAUCUAAAAAGAGGACAGGAAAGUCAGGCUUAGCCUAUAGUUCUCAGUACUACAUCUUAACCCGCAUACUACCGUACUAGAUACUACAUAAAAUAGUACGCCGCCUAACUAUGAUGACAUGGUGGCGCACUAUUUUGACAUACUUCGUAGUGCGGAAGUAUGCGCUUUUUUGAAGUUGCGUGGAAACGCGAUGCGCCCAUGGUAACAAACUUUAUUAUUGUCCGCGCGAACGGAGCGCUGUGUGGUAAAGCUAGGCCGUUCAAAAUGAUGCCGUUUUCUUAUUUAAACCGUAACAUUUUGCUUAGGCUUGCUAUUUCUGUAAUGUUCGUGUCAGUAGCCUAUUAAUUAACCCAACAUGUCAGCGAGUGUGAAGUCGGAUCCGUCACCUCCUGCUUUACCAAAGCCAGAGAGCCGGAGGAGGAAGAAACUAAAUCACUCUGCUGUGACUUCUGUGGAAGAAAACAACAUGGCUGAACUUCCUGAAGUAAAAGGCAGAUCAUCAGUAAAUGAAGGAGUCCAAAUGCCAGUGCUCUCACUACAAAAUGGGCAAAAUGACUUCAUACCGGAUGAGCUUCUCUCCAAUCUCACCUCAACCGUAUGCCCACAAGACAGACUCCAGUACAGCAAAACUCACAAACACCCAAAGGUUUGUGGAAUACGUGCACCGGAUGCAGUAUGGCACCACAGCUCUGGCCGCAAAAAAUAUCACUACUUUCUCGACCAGCCAACAUCUGUGACUGGAGCUGGCAGGGAUAUAUCCUUUCUGUGUGACGCUUUGGCAGCUCAGAGGCAGCGAAUCUCCCUCCCGCCCAUGCCUGACAGGACCACCAUUUCUUUGGAAGAUAGUCAAAAGGAUACAAUUUCUACAGAGACAUUAAUCCCAGAGGAAUACCAUAUAAUGACAAAUAAAGGAGUGAAAGCACUGCAGUUGUAUGACGACAAAUUUACAGUUCUGUUAAAGGAUGAGCAAAAGAGACUCAAGAUCUUUCCAUCAAUGAGGCCGGGUGGGCGCCUGGAGGCAGUGCAGCUGAUGAGGGUAAUGGACGAUAUGCUGGAAAAGGCAGGUGCCAAUCAAGAGUUUGAGGACGUCAAAGGCCUCUCACAGAUACAGGGUCUGCUGGAGUUGGUGCGGGUGGAGCAGAACAUCUACAACAUUGUGUUUCAUGAAUUAAUUCGUCAGGUGAGCGUGGAGUGUAUAGAGAGGGGCCAGCUGCUAGCUAAACUCAGGCACAGGUAUGUGGCCCUACUGGACCGAAUUCCCCGUCAACUCAUAAGUCUGCAUACAGAGACCCUGGCACAGAGAGCUCUGGAUCGCCGGCUGACUGAAGAGAUCAUCUGCUUCAAGCACUCUAUUGCACAACUUAAUGAAGAGCUAAAUCAGCUGAGGGAGCAUGAUGAGCAUGUGUCUAAGCAGGCUGAAAAGGCCCAGGAGGAGCUGGCUAAAGCACUAAAGCAAUCGCAGCUUGAUUCUGACAUUGUUGGGGAGUACCACGAUCUGUAUGAACUGCAGAGGCAAAGACUGGAAGGGCAAGUAGCCAUACUGACUGAAGAGAGGGACUUAUGGAGCAAGGUCAUCUACAGCAUCGCUCUCAAGGUUAUUAAAUUAAACAACCUGCAGCUGGUCAGCAGACUUCAUGUUAGUGAGCAGGCAUGGAGCAAAACUGCAGAGCAUUUCACCACUCUCCUGACAGCAAAGGACUCUGAGGACCUGAACCGCAUCAUGCAGCUGACAGACCAGUGGAAAGAGCAGCUGACCGGUUUCAUGGAGAACCUCAGAGAGACUGAAAAAAAACAGUAUGAGAGUAUCAGGUCCAUCCAUCAUGGCCUUGUCAGAUGGCAUAAGUUCUGUGAGGGUAACAUCAGGAACCCUGACGUAAAAUUUGAAAAAACUUCAGAGGAGGUGUUGUUUAAUGACUUGAAGCAAUGGUCAAUGGUGUUGACCAUGCAGUGUGAGCAGUAUGGAGGAGUAGACAUUCUCUCUGGUCAAGAGACUCUUAACACACUGGGGCAGCUGCAGGAUUCGUGGGUGGAGGUGUGUAUGCAGCUGUUCAGGAGACAUCCAGCAUUGGAUGGAGAGGCUCCUAAGGGCCAGGUGGCCUUGAGAGAUCUGAGCCAUGCUAUCACUAAGCUCCACACGCAGCUGGGUAUCCAUAUCAGUGGAGAGAGUGGAAUUCAUCAACAGUUGAUCACUCUGGCUGGAGUAAUUGACUCCUGGGCUAACAGACUGAAGUCUCUUAUUGGAAGGCCUGAAACGCUGCAUCACUCUGAAUGGUCGAAGCUGGAGAAGGCCCUAGGAAGCUGGAUAAAUCUGUGUGAGGAGGCCCUGGUAAACGUGACCCACACCCAGACAGAGAGUGAGAAGAUAAAGCACAAGCCUCACGACAAGAUUGAAAUCGAUGAUGUCCUGAACAUGCUGAGGGAGUUUGUCUCCUCUCAAAACAACUUCUUUGACUACACAAACCUGACACUUUGUGAGGAGGUGAGCUCUAUGCACACUCUGCGGACUCGCUGGAUGGUGGAUCUGCUGCUACUGAUGGUGCCAGAUCGGUGUGAUGCCCAGGAGCCCCAUCCUCCACCAAGCCCAGAAUUAAAUCUCUUUAAGGAUGUGUCUUUUCAGAAGCUGGAGGAAGAUGCCAGAAAUCUUGCACAUAAACUGAACUACCUCUCCAAAUACAUUAUAAGUUCUUGCCAGGCUAUUGUGGAGGAGAUGAUGCAGAAGAAUCUGACUCAGGAUGACAAAGAAAAUGAAAUUUACCAGCUCAACAAGCUUCAGAGGGAGUGUGCUGAGUGGGUGGACAUCUGUCGGAUCCUGCUGUGUGAUUUGAUGGGAAGCCCUUUGGAGCUGCAGCUGGCUGGGGAAGUUGUGCCCAAGUCCAUCACUGAUCGCUCCUUUUCUGUGGAGAGUGUACCCUCUCCGGUUGAUGUAUAUGCCAAACCAGAGAGGCCAGCAGAAGCCAAGGAAGAUGAGAAGGCAGCUGUAAAAGCAGGACGCAGACCUUCUAUUUCCCAAAAAUCGAAUAAGCAGGUGGAGGAGAGGGAAGAGGAUGUCACAGAGGAUGAAAAGAGCAGCUCAGUCCUGAAGCUUAUCGGCCAUGAUGGCCACAUUAUUGAACAGACCUUGGGAGAGGAAACUGUGCAUAUCACUGGGACUAGUGAUCUGGUGGUGCGACCAAGCUCUGAGAAUGCACAGCAGGCUUUUAAUGCACUGGGUACUCUGGAGCUUCUUCAGCAGGAGCUACUAGCUGUGGAGGCUCGUGCUACCAGCGCAGAGGAGAGGGCUCUAAAGGCAGAGGAAGCCCUCCAGGCAGCUUUAGAGAAGAUUUGUGAUUUAGAGAGACAACUACCACAAAGAACCAGUCUAGAAACUAAAGUUUCACCAGUUGCUAAGAAGGAGGCCAUUCCUGACCUGACAGAGGUGAGCCAGCAGCCCAGUCCCAGCCCCAAAUCCACUAAAAGCAGCAAGAAACACUAAACCAGCACAAAGCACUAAACCUACUGGUACGCUUUGGAUGAGCAAAUUUUCUACAUUAAAAAAAACAUUGAAAUAUU